CAUGAUACUUCAGCUAUGGCCGGCGCAGUUUGUGCAUCGCCGUCGCGCUCAAACCCCGACUACUACUACUCAUGGACGCGCGACUCGGCGCUUGUCAUGAACGAAAUUAUCUCGUGGAUCGACCACGACCACAACCACAGCCUUGACCCAACGUACGCUGACACGCUGAUAAAUACAUUGAAUGAUUAUGUCGCGUUCACUCGACAUUUACAGAGCAUUCCCGGGUUGAAGUAUGGACUGGCCGAGGCAAAAUUCCAUAUGAACGGUACGCAGUUUACGCGCAACUGGUGUAAUGGGCAGACCGAUGGGCCGGCGAUUAGAGCGUAUACGCUGGUGCGCUAUGCUUGGUACUUGAUCAGUCACGGUCGCGAUGUCGCGCACCUGUAUGAUAAGCGAAUGUACAAGAGAUCACCAAUUAAGACCGACUUGGAAUUUGUGGCCAAAGUGUGGGCGCAGAACCAGCACUGUGAUAUUUGGGAGGAGACUCGCGGCAUGCAUUUCUAUACUCUGAUGGCUCAGCGCCGAGCUCUGAUCGAGGGCGCGCAGCUGGCUAGACUUUUAAACGAUGAGGGCGCUGCUAUUUGGUAUGAACAGCAGGCGGAGAUGAUUGGUUUCAAGCUGCCACAGUUCUGGGACAAGCACCGUAGUCAUGUGCUGACUACGGUCCCGUGGUCCGGAGGCCUGGCAAGCAAGCGCAGCAAUCUAGACUCGCAGGUAUUGCUGGCAUCGCUUCAUGCCGGGCUGGCUGACGGAGUGUUUACUGUGGAGUCGCAGCAGAUGAUAGCGACUGUACUCCGCUUGCUGCGCGCGUUUGGGCCAAUGUACAGUAUUAACCAAGCUCUCACCACAGAUAUCAACGGCGCCACUGUUGCUAUUGGCGUUGCUGCUGGCAGAUACCCCGAGGACGUGUACAAUGGCGUGGGCGUGUCGAAGGGCAACCCUUGGUCACUGAUCACGUCGGCCAUGGCCGAGUACCAUUAUCGUCUGGCCACAACAUAUGCACGAGCCGGACAGCUGCUUGUCACCAAUGAGCUGCUUGAUUUGAUUAAAUGGACCAGCAGCAGGCACAGAAAAACCAACGGGCUAUCCAGAAAGCUGCUUGGUUUGAAGCCAGGCGAUAAUAUUGGCAAUGAUAUGACUGAAUUCCACGAUUUGGUGCGCUACCUGCUGAAUGCCGGAGAUUUGUAUAUGGCGCGCGUGUAUUUGCACACCUCGCGCGACCACACAAUGUAUGAGCAGUGGUAUUCACACACUGGGUAUGGGCGUGGUGCCAUUCAUUUGACCUGGAGCUAUGCCGCCCAUAUGGCAGCAUCGGGCGCGCGCUCACGG